GACUGGGUUGGGAAACAAUUGUGUGACUGGAGCGAACUUUUGCAUCUUACAAAAAUGGGCCCCUUCUAAGGAAUUGUUGCUCUGUUUUUCAGGAACCUCUUCAAAAUAAAUCUAUCACUUUAGGGAUGUUCUGUUUUUUAGAAACUUCUCCUGAGAUUUAAGAAGAUGUUGCUAAAUCUGUCCUUUUCAGAAUAAAACAAAUAAUGGCUAAGUUAUAAGUCAUUUCCUUCCUUUCCAUUAUCUUUUCCCUCUGCCUGUUCCUGUGUCUUGCAAGUCCUCUCCCUUUCAAUCUGGUGUGGAUGAAAAAGUUUUUACCUCUGCUGCUAUCUUCUUACAAGGAGAUUUUCAUCUGCAAGUAUUUUUGUUUUCUCUCCUGACAGCUUUGAUUUAUUCUUGGGGAUUUCCUCGCCACUGCACCACACCAUUGCUGUGAAACAAUUUAACUUUUUUAAAGAUAGUCUUCUCCAAGAAGGAUGGAUGCCUGCAUGCUUGCAACAGUUUUAGGAGAUGUUGGAUGGUUUGAGCUGACAGUCUAGCAUAACAAGAGACCCCCCUUGAAGGCUUUAGUUGGGCAAAGGAUUGUCAUCGAGGCAAACUGAAGUGGAAUAACGACAGCGCAUAAUCGUUCUUUGGCAUGCUUCUUGUAUCCUCAGUGUGGGGACUGCCAGAGAUGUUGCAGACAAUUUAUGAAACUGAAUCAUGUUUCUCUUCAGAUGGAGUUUCUGGACGUGAGCCAUCAUUGGAACUCCUGUCACGGGCACAGAUCCAUGCCAUACCUGUGGCAGCUAUGGACUUGAAGCCGGUUCUUCCCAUGGUGAUGCAGAAUUCUUGCAACAGCAACAGCAGCCCAGUGGAUUUGCGGAUGGAUUCCCGAUCUAAUGUGUCCACUAUGGACCCAACUGUCCGGGAGCAGCAGCUGCAGCAGGAACUGCUGGCUCUGAAACAGCAACAGCAAUUGCAGAAGCAGCUGCUCUUUGCCGAGUUUCAGAAGCAACAUGAGCAUCUAACACGGCAACAUGAAGUCCAAUUGCAGAAACACCUCAAGCAACAGCAAGAGAUGUUGGCAGCAAAGCGUCAACAAGAACUAGAGCAACAGCGUAAACGAGAACAACAGCGACAAGAAGAACUGGAGAAGCAGCGUCUGGAGCAGCAAUUACUCAUCUUACGCAACAAGGAGAAGAGCAAAGAAAGUGCUAUUGCAAGCACUGAAGUGAAGCUGAAACUUCAAGAGUUCCUUCUCAGCAAGUCAAAAGAGCCAACUACAGUGGGUGGCUUGAAUCAUUCCCUCUCCCAGCAUCCAAAAUGCUGGGGGGCUCAUCAUACCUCAUUGGACCAGAGUUCCCCUCCCCAGACAGGCAGCCCGGGAACACCAGCGUCUUGCAAACUACCUUUACUUGGCACUUAUGAUAGCAGAGAUGACUUUCCACUCCGGAAAACUGCCUCAGAACCCAAUUUAAAAGUGCGCUCACGAUUAAAACAGAAGGUGGCAGAGAGAAGAAGCAGUCCUCUGUUGCGGAGGAAAGAUGGGACAGUCAUCAGCACCUUCAAAAAACGAGCAAUUGAAAUCACAGUGUCUUCAAUGUGCAGCAGUGCUCCUGGAUCUGGCCCAAGUUCCCCAAAUAGUUCCAACAGCACCAUCACAGAAAAUGGGCUUACUGGUUCAGUGCCUAAUAUACAUUCUGAGAUGUUGCCCCAACACCAAGCUGUUAAUGUGGAUGGAUCAGCUAACCAACUCAGUCUAUACACUUCUCCAUCAUUGCCCAAUAUCUCCUUAGGACUCCAGGCAACUGUCACAGUCACAAAUUCACACCUCAAUGCCUCCCCAAAUCUAACCACACAGCAAGAAGCAGAGCGCCAGAGCAUCCAGUCAUUGCGCCAGGGAGGUGCCUUGACAAGCAAGUUCCUCAGCAUGUCAUCUAUUCCCAGUUGCCUUCUGGGGGUUGCUCUUGAGGGAGAGACCAAUAAUCAUGGGCACGCUUCCUUGCUUCAACAUGUCCUGCUUUUGGAACAGGCUCGACAACAAAAUACACUAAUUGCUGUUCCUCUGCAUGGCCAAUCACCUCUAGUGACAGGAGAACGCAUCCCCUCCAACCUGCGCGCCGUAAGCAAGUUGCCUCGACAUCGUCCAUUGAGCCGCACCCAAUCGUCCCCACUGCCUCAGAGCCCCCAAGCAUUGCAACAUUUGGUUGUGCAGCAACAGCACCAACAUUUCUUGGAGAAGCAGAAACAGCAGCAGAUUCAACUGGGAAAGAUAAUCACUAAGACUGGUGAGUUGCCCCGGCCACCUACCACACACCCUGAAGAAACAGAAGAGGAACUGACAGAACAACAGGAAUCUUUGGGGCUUGGUUUGGGCCUGGGCCAGGGGCCCUUUGUGCUGGAUGGGUCAAUAGAAAAUGAGGGGACCCAGGAUGGCUUAGAGGAACAAGAGGAGGACGAAGAAGAAGAAGAAAGUAUAGCCAAAGAGCAAGGCUGUCUUCGAAUGAAAGAUGAAGCUGGAGUGAACAGGCUGCAAGAAGAACAGGAGGUUGAGGAGCUGGGAGUUACUUACAGGCAGGUAUUUGCUGAUGCACAUCAGCUAAGAUCUCUGCAGCUCUAUCAAACUCCCCUGAGCAUAAGUACUAUACCCCAUCAAGCCCUUAGCCGUACCCAGUCUUCACCUGCUAGCACUAGCCUGAAGAACAGUACACCUGAGCCUUUGGUCCAUCACCUUUUCACUACAGGUGUUGUUUAUGACACAUUCAUGCUGAAGCACCAGUGUACAUGUGGAAACACUAAUGUUCACCCAGAACAUGCUGGGAGGAUACAGAGUAUUUGGUCCAGACUACAAGAGACAGGAUUGCUAACCAAGUGUGAGAGAAUCCGAGGCCGGAAGGCAACAUUGGAUGAAAUCCAGGCUGUCCAUUCAGAACAUCACACAUUACUAUAUGGAACAAGUCCCUUGAACAGGCAAAAACUUGACAACAAGAAAUUACUAGGCCCCCUUAGUCAGAAAAUGUAUGCUGUCCUCCCGUGUGGUGGAAUUGGGGUUGACAGUGACACAGUAUGGAAUGAAAUGCAUUCAUCCAGUGCAGUCCGCAUGGCUGUUGGCUGUUUGCUGGAGCUGGCCUUUAAAGUGGCAUCAGGGGAACUUAAGAAUGGAUAUGCUGUCAUCCGACCACCAGGUCACCAUGCAGAAGAGUCUACUGCCAUGGGCUUCUGCUUCUUCAACUCUAUUGCCAUUGCUGCUAAGCUUCUACAACAAAAGCUUGCCAUCAGUAAAAUCCUCAUUGUGGAUUGGGAUAUCCAUCAUGGCAAUGGAACCCAGCAGGCAUUCUACAGCGACCCCAGUGUUCUAUACAUUUCCCUUCAUCGCUACGAUAAUGGAAAUUUCUUCCCAGGCAGUGGUGCUCCUGAAGAGGUUGGCAGUGGGAUGGGUGUAGGUUACAAUGUAAACAUUGCCUGGACUGGUGGAGUAGAUCCUCCUAUUGGUGAUGUGGAAUAUCUGACAGCCUUCAGGACUGUGGUGAUGCCUAUAGCCCACGAGUUCUCCCCAGAUCUGGUCCUUGUUUCUGCUGGCUUCGAUGCUGUUGAGGGUCACUUGUCCCCGUUGGGUGGAUAUUCCGUCACAGCCAAAUGUUUUGGGCAUCUGACCAAACAACUGAUGGAUCUGGCAGAUGGGCGUGUUGUCUUAGCUUUAGAAGGUGGUCAUGAUCUGACUGCCAUCUGUGAUGCUUCUGAAGCCUGUGUCUCUGCCUUGCUUGGUCUUGAGUUGGAACAGUUGGAUCAAGCUCUGUUGCAACAAAAACCCAAUGCAAAUGCCAUAGCUACAUUGGAGAAUGUCAUUGAAAUCCAGAGCAAACACUGGGAUUCAGUGAAAAGUUCUGCAGCAAUUGUUGGCUACUCGUUGCUGGAGGCACAGAAGGGUGAGACAGAAGAAGCAGAGACCGUCAAUGCCAUGGCAUCAUUGUCAGUGGACACAGAGCAAGGAAAAGCAGACUGUGCUGUCCGAUCAGUAGAAGAGCCAAUGGAGGCUGAACCAGUGUUGUGAAGUGCCAAGACUUCAAUUUCUGUAGCUGUCACUCUGUGGGUUUAAUUGGUCAUUUGUGAGUUCGUUAAAACAACAACAAAAUUAUUAUUUUUUAUCUAUUAAAAAGAAAAAAAAGGAAAAAAAGAGUUGCACUGGACAAAA